UGGCAAACCCUGAAAUGCCCUCAGGUUUCAGCUAUUCCAGGAAAACGAGACUCUGAAAUUCCCCGGCCGUUCAGUCGUGAGUUUCCCAGACAGCGGGACUUCCGUACCCACGGACAUGCUCCCUGGCGGGCAGGCGCUGGCAUCACGAGGGCCGUGGCUGGGGAGGCACAGGGGGCCGCACCGCAGACCGCGGCUUUCAGAGUCAAAGAGUGACCUUCUCCCCAGGCCCCCGCAGCCCAGCCGCGUCACGUGCGAGAAAGAAAAAGUAAAAACACUACGAUGCAAUCCUCUACAAACGGAUCAGCAGAAAGAGACAGUGCAGCUUUUCAAAUAUCGUGUCCAGUAUCAUAAAGAGGAACUGACAGCCUAUGAAAGCAACCUGAAAUGCUGAUGAACCCUGUUCUUUUUCUCUCUCCUUCUCAGGGAGAGCAAUGCCACACGUAAUUCUUAAUUAUGAAUAGCAAAUAGCACAAGUCAGAUAGGGUCAACAGAUUCAGAUAUAGGUAGUCUGGGUUACUUCCGUGUGUUUAUUAGGUACUGCACUCCCACAUUUGAAGUUAUCCCACAACUGAAGGUAUCGGAUAAAGUAGCUGACGGAUUUUUGUUUGCGCAGUUUUCCUGUAGGGGAAAAAAAUUCGCUAUACAUGAAGUUUUAUUGUCACCGGGUGGCUAGUUGCAGAAUUGUGUAUAAUUUCAUAUUUACUCUAAUACUGUACAGUAUGUCUGGUUAUUAAUCCUAAUACUAUGUGCUAGGCCCAAGAUCUGAGAGACAGGCGUUUUCUCAUUGGUCUUUGGACAGAAAGCUGCUGACCCCUGCACUGACCUUCAGAAGUCUGUUUCUGGACUUUUACACAGUAGGUCCCUCUUGUGGCCAGUGGCCGGACACACAGCAGAUCAAAGAAGCAUCUUAGAGAUAUCCGACCAUCACAAUAACAGAUCAAACGUAUGACCACAAAGGGACUGUUGCAAACUCAACUGUAAAGAAUCAGGUUUCAAAUACGGUUCCUUUUAACUAAAACCUACUAGUUUCCCUUUGUUUACCUUUGAUUCUGUUAAAGCACUGUAUAGAAGACUCGUACAACUGCUUUUUAAAACCUCUGUGAUCAAGCAGCUUUUUCCACCUUGCACAAGCUCGCUGGUCAACCGCCAGGGCCCGAAACCGUUUACUUUACUUUGUUUACUGUUUACUUUGGCUCUUUAUGAAAGAACGGCAACAGAAAGCCAGUGCCUGCAUCACCCACCACCGCACUGUAACUCUCAUUCCAGCUGCCACUGGAAAUACAAUAUUUGGACCUAGAAAACCUCGUAUUUCUGGUCAGCUCAGUGCACAGGAAUUUUGCAUAACUGCUCAUCUACAACACAACCUGGCUACAAUGGUUUUCCACGGCAGCAUGCACACUGCUGUCCAUAUGCUACUACUGAGCUGACUGCGUUGAAUUUCACAAUAUUUGCUUUGCAGUACAUUUAUUUCCAGCAGCAAGCAUUUUAAAAGUAACUUCCUUUUGAAACAAUAAUUGAGCGCAGCUAUCAGUUUUCUAGCUUCAUAUUACACCGGCUCAUAAAACGAGGCUCACCCACGCCACGCGAGUGGCAAGGAACUUUCUAGACACCGUGCCGGAAAACCAUGCUAAAGCUCUCCAUGCCAACCACUGCAUACACAGUGUGUCUCCAUAAACACUGUCUCUCUCACUCCGUCGCUAAGGCAGCAUUCCUACCUCUACUAGAUAACAUCGGGCUGUGUUUGUUGCUUUAUUUUGGUUGUCUUUUUAUAGGGAAAAGGCUGUAAGAAAGCCCUGGACCCAGCCUGCCUGCUGCGCUCCACAGGAGGAAAGUGCGAGCCGUAAGAGAACCGUGAAGGAGGCGGCGCGCAGACAGAGGGAGAAGCGCAGCGAUGCUGCCACAGACAGCGAGGACAGAGUCGGGGGACGGGGCUGUCCAGGCGCGCAGCAGAGUGACAGUGGAGCUGCGGCACCGGAUGGGAGAGAGGACCGAGUCCCGCCUGCAGGACCUGGGGCUGCGCUGCGCGGCGGAGGUGACCAUCACAGAGCACUACUACGACAACCAGGACUUUCAGCUGGCUGCCCAGCAGGUCUGGCUCAGCAAGCAGGAUGGAAAGUGGAGGCUGAUCCUGGGCUCACAAGCAGACCAGAGGGGAUCUCAGGGGGGCCAAGAAGGCAGUGAGCACAGACGGGACCACAGCGCAGACAGGACAGAGACAAGCAAGGUCAAUAACCCCCAGGAGACAGGAGGGAAAGGCACAGGGAUUCCGGAGGAGCUCGGAGGCACCUCAUCAUUUCCACCCAAAGGAUGUUCCAGGGCUCUGAGAGAGCAGCAUAAGAUAAAGUCACCCUCCCCUUCUUCUGAUCUCCAGCCAGCAGCUGUGAACCCAGCCAGCUCCUCCUCACACCACCGAGACUCGGAGCCAGGGCCCCAUUACUGCGAGCUGACUGCAGACAAGCAGGUCAUCGAGCACCUGGCAGGGAGCCUGCAGAUCGCUCUGACGGAAGAGCAGAGGAGACACCUGACAGUGGAGAAGUUCCUGGAGCUGGCGCACAUCCAGCAAUACGGCAGCCACACCGCUGCCGGGAGGCGGAGGUACGAGCUGAGGGACACCUGCACGCUCACUGUAGAGACGGACAACACCUGCCGCCCCGCCAGGCGCACGGCUGUCCUCUCCAUGCCGGCGGACGUGCUGGACAUCGGGCGCGAGCUGGAGAAGAUGGAGAAGAUGGCAGCGGAGUUGGAGUUGGAGCCGGAGCCGCAUCUCUCCAGCCCCAAACCCUCAGUUCCUUCAACUCCCACUGGCCCACCCCCGUGUGUGGUCAGCAGCCUCUAGCACACUUGCCGAUUCACCAGAAAAUACCAAAUAACCAAAAAUAAUUUGCUUAAACACGAGCAUUAUUGGUUUUGCAAACUGAGACUCCGGAACAGAAAGUUACUCAGACACACUAACAGAUCGUUUCUCAAUUAUGUCAUUUUCUUGGUUAAAGUCACACUGUAACAAGGUUUACCUUUAAUACAGAAAUGACCACAUUCAUUUCUUAUUAAAAAUAAAUCGUAGCUCAAGUAAAUGUCAUGAAUAGUGGCUCAUUAUUACCAAGGAAUGCUCCAGUAGCAACAGGCAAGCCUGCUCUAGGAAGGAAAUUUGAUUAAUAAACAGCAGUGUUAUAUUUAACUUCCUAACUUCCCUAAAUCACACAUUUCUGACAAAUGUAUUUGCUGCUCGGGGCUGCCAAAGGACCAUACUGACAGAAUUAAUAUUAACAGCAAGCUGGGGCACAUUAAUAAAAUAUGGAAUGCCUGCUGAUCACUGCAGUCUUUGAAAUAGGACAUGACAGAGUCCCAUUCGAACUAGUUCAGUCAGUACCAAAACGUGUCCUUUGAACACAGAGUCAGACAUUUAAACCAUGACCACAGUAAACUAGCUUAAAUGUGUAACAGAAAUAAAGAAAGUGAAAAUCAAGUGAAUGAUUGCUUUCAAAGACUGUAAAAUAUUCACUGCCUGCUUAUGGCCUACAGAGGAAACUCCUGCCAGGUGCCAAUGAUGUUUAAAUUGCGUGAAAACCCAAGAGGCAGGUCCGGGGCGGGCGGGGAGCCCGUCUCCCUGUGCAGGCGGCCAGCCCCAGCGCGACUGCAGACGUGAGGCGCCCGCACACACCUCCUCCAGCGCAGCGCGGCACAGCCACGGCCGUGCAGGCAUGAGGCAUCCGCCGUAGCCACGGCAACCGCACGGGCCGUAAUCUGCUUAUCGCUCCCAUCAGCUCCGCCGAGAGGACGGGAGGACGCGCCGCGGGCUCCCAUCAGGCCCACGGAC